AUGACCACAGCAGUGACUAACAGCGGUGGCACGAGGGUUUUCAUGAGGAGACUAGAGAGCAUGCUGUGCCUGUUUGCAGCCUUGUCAGUGAUGGUGCAGCUCAGCAUUGGCCUCCCUCCCAGAAUUAAUCAGACCCAUCUGCUGCCCUCCUCCCUGAAGAUCCGCAGGGUGGGUCUGAAAUUUCAGGGUUCAACUUUCACCCUCGAAGGCUUUCCAUUCCAGAUCAUAGCAGGUACCAUGCACUACUUCAGGGUGCCCAGGGAAUACUGGAUGGAUCGUUUGCAGAAGUUAAAGGCCUGUGGCUUCAACACCCUCACCACACAUGUACCCUGGAAUCUCCACGAGCCAAUUAGGGGACAGUAUUAUUUCACCAAGAACCUGGAUUUGGAGUCUUUUAUAUCCAUGGCCUCACAGCUUGAUAUCUGGGUCAUUCUUUGUCCAGGUCCCUAUAUUGGUAGUGACUUAGACCUUGGAGGCUUGCCCAGUUGGUUGCUCAGGGAUGCAAAAAUGAAGCUGAGAACAACUUACCGGGGCUUCAUUAAAGCGAUGAAUCUCUAUUUUGAUCAGCUGAUUCCCAAGAUAGCAAAACUCCAGUAUUUCCAGAGAGGGCCCAUCAUUGCUGUGCAGGUUGAGAAUGAAUACGGUUCAUACAAUCUGGAUAGAAAAUACAUGUCAUAUGUUAAAAAGGCCCUGGUGACAAGAGGGAUCAAAGUGAUGCUCAUGACUGCAGAUGAUGGGGCAGACCUGAAAAACGGACACUUGAAGAAUGAACUCGCCACAGUCCACAUGAUGAAUAUACAGAGAAAAACUUACCAAGACCUCUCAUCAAUGCAGGGUUCUAGUCCUAUAUUGAUGACAGUAUACACAGCAGCAUCUGCUGACGUGUGGGGACGCCUCCGUCAAACUUCUGAUCCACAAGUGCUGAUGAAGGAUGUGCGUGAAAUGUUCAGUUUCAACUUCUCCCUCAACUUCCAUAUGUUCCAUGGUGGCACCAACUUUGGAUUCAUGGCUGGAGCUAAGAUUUUGGAUCAGUACUCCCCUGUGAUCACCAGUUAUGACUACGGGUCUCUGCUGAGAGAAGGUGGGGAGUACACACCUGAGUACACUGUGUUUCAAGACUUUUUUAGCUCUGUAACAGUGUUCCCCAACACCAACAAACUAGAACGUAAGCGGAAGCUGCUAUACAGGUCAUUGACAUCAUUCCACUUCGUGUCACUGUGGGAUAUCCUGCCCUAUCUGGAACAGCCAACCAGGUCAAUGAAGCCCAUUUCCAUGGAGAUGCUGCCCGUGAAUGGCAACAGUGGCCAGGCCUUUGGGUACACACUUUAUGAGACUACUGUGUUGUCUGCAAACCACCUGGAUUCCAGGGGUCACGUUCAAGAUCGGGGCCAGGUUGUGUUUCUGAAUGAAAAAUUUGUUGGAAUCCUGGAUCAUACUACUGAUAAGCUGACUAUUAUAAAACAAGAUUACCAGAACUCCUAUCUUCUGAGGAUCCUGGUGGAGAAUCAAGGCCGACUUUCUUCUGGGAAGGAUAUCAGUUUGGAGAGAAAAGGUUUAACUGGGGAUGUCUAUAUGGACAAUCAUCCAUUAAGAGCAUUUACAAUCUACAAUCUGGAGAUGAAAAAUAACUUUAUGCAAAGGAAACUCCCCAUGUUGUGGAGACCAGUCACAAAUAAUGUUAAGGGACCUGCCUUCUACCUUGGUUUUUUGAGAGUUGGUGUGAACCCAAAAGAUACUUACAUUAAACUUGAGGGCUGGAAUAAGGGAGUUGUAUUCAUCAAUGGGCAAAACCUAGGGCGCUACUGGGCUAUUGGUCCCCAGGAAACCCUUUACCUACCAGGAUCCUGGCUUCAACCUGGAAGAAAUGAGAUCAUCGUGUUUGAGGAAUUGGAGCCCGGCAAAGAGAUCCAGUUCCGAGAGACGCCCAUCCUGGGUAUGGCAUGCUAA